CCAUUGGAAACACAUUAAAACAUCUCUAACCCAAUCAAACAUCAGUAGCACCACGAGAGUUCGUUUCCCUCAGCCAAUGAAGACCAGACAGAAAAUGAUUGACGUGUAGUCCAACCACCUGUGUUUGAAUACGAUGGUGGGCGUUAUUUAAAACUGAAAAGAGUUCGUUGCAUUUUUCAGUGGAGUCGGUGCGCCGCGCGAAGUGAGAGCUGUAACGACAGUCACAGUUGUUUUUUUAAUUUAACGUGUUAUUUUCACCGUUAACGUUUCACCAUGAGGGAAAUUGUUCAUCUGCAAGCUGGUCAGUGUGGAAACCAAAUCGGUGCCAAAUUUUGGGAGGUGAUUAGUGAUGAGCACGGAAUUGACCCAACGGGAACUUAUCAUGGAGACAGUGAUCUGCAGCUGGAGCGGAUUAAUGUGUACUACAAUGAAGCCACUGGUGGAAAGUAUGUUCCCCGUGCUGUUCUUGUUGACCUGGAGCCUGGAACCAUGGAUUCAGUAAGAUCUGGACCAUUUGGGCAGGUCUUCAGGCCAGAUAACUUUGUCUUUGGUCAGAGUGGUGCUGGAAAUAACUGGGCCAAGGGUCAUUACACAGAAGGAGCUGAGCUUGUAGACUCUGUUCUGGAUGUGGUCCGUAAGGAAGCAGAGAGCUGUGACUGCCUACAAGGCUUCCAGCUCACCCACUCCCUUGGUGGAGGUACUGGGUCAGGCAUGGGCACCCUCCUUAUCAGCAAAAUCCGUGAGGAGUACCCAGACCGCAUCAUGAACACCUUUAGUGUGGUACCCUCACCCAAAGUCUCAGACACUGUUGUGGAGCCUUACAAUGCCACGCUGUCUGUCCACCAGCUGGUGGAGAACACAGAUGAAACGUACUGUAUUGACAAUGAGGCGCUAUAUGAUAUCUGCUUCCGUACGCUCAAACUUACUACGCCCACCUACGGUGAUCUCAACCACCUCGUUUCUGCCACAAUGAGUGGGGUCACCACCUGCCUGCGCUUCCCUGGCCAGCUCAACGCUGACCUGCGUAAACUGGCUGUCAAUAUGGUGCCUUUUCCCCGUCUGCAUUUCUUCAUGCCGGGCUUUGCCCCUCUCACCAGCAGGGGGAGUCAGCAAUACAGAGCUCUUACAGUGCCAGAGCUCACCCAGCAGAUGUUUGAUGCCAAGAACAUGAUGGCUGCUUGUGACCCCCGCCACGGCCGCUAUCUCACCGUUGCUGCUGUUUUCCGAGGCCGUAUGUCCAUGAAAGAAGUGGAUGAGCAGAUGCUGAAUGUCCAGAACAAGAACAGCAGCUAUUUUGUGGAGUGGAUCCCAAACAACGUCAAGACUGCUGUUUGUGACAUCCCACCUCGUGGCCUCAAAAUGGCUGCCACGUUCAUUGGCAACAGCACCGCCAUCCAGGAGCUGUUCAAGCGCAUCUCCGAGCAGUUCACGGCUAUGUUCAGGCGUAAGGCAUUCUUGCAUUGGUACACUGGUGAAGGAAUGGAUGAGAUGGAGUUCACUGAGGCAGAGAGCAACAUGAACGACCUGGUGUCUGAGUACCAGCAGUACCAAGAUGCAACUGCAGAAGAGGAGGGCGAGUUUGAGGAAGAAGGAGAGGAGGAGCUUGCAUAAAACAUUUGCAUCAAAGUUCUUGUGCCCUGUUCUGUUCAAUUUCAUGAUUCUUGUUUUUUUUUAUUUUUUUUAUUUUACAUAUGCACUAGGGCUAAAGUAAAGAGCAGAUAUAGCUUUUCAUCACUAAUGUUAUAUUUGUUAAUUAGUAUAAAGUGUGAGCCCUUAAUUUGGCUGACAGUGAUCAUGAGGCUAGAUUAGCAGUGUAUUUUAUUACAAGAACACUGUAUUUCAUUUCUAUUUUCUGCAACAUAUGGCUUUAUCCAAAAUAAAAACUUAAGUCAGUGGUGUGGUGAGUGUUGUGACAUUUGCUGAUCCAGUAUUGCCAUCUAGUGUCCAAAGAUGUGAGACCACAAAUUGUGAUUAAAACACCAUUUAUUAGAUUUAUUUAUUAGAGCUUUUAAAAGUUCUUUUGUCUUCAGCUGAGAAGGUCCCAAGUAGAUAUGCUGGAGAUUCAGAUUUGAUAAAAUGUGAGCAUUUACCACAAUGUGUCUUCCAUCAAAAACUAUGAAAUUUUACCAUAUUGUCCUUAGCAGAAACUGAUGAUUUAUACAUAUUUUAACAUUUCAGAGAGUAUUUAUAGUAAAAAGGAGUUAAAUAUUGAUCGGUUUUUCACCAAUACCUAUUAAAUCGCUUCUGAAGACAUGGAUUUAACCACUGGAGUCAUAAGAAUUACCAGUACUUUUUAUGCUGACUUUUAUGUGAUUUUUGGAGCUUCAGAGGUCUGGUCCAUUCACUUGCAUUGUAUGGACCAACAGAGCUGAGAUAUUCCUCUAAAAAUCUUCAUUUGUGUUCAGCAGUAGAAAGUCAUACAUCUGGGAUGAUAUGAGGGUGAGUAAAUGAUGAGAGAAUUUUCAUUUUUGGGUAAACUAUCCCUUUAAGGUUGCUUGUUCAGCAAAAUUAAAGUGAAUUAACAGCUGUUUUAUAAAGAAUAUAAAACAGUAGCCUAUCAUCACAACAUCAGAGCGUAUUAUAGUGGAAGGAAAAGCAUUUAUUACGUAAUCUCCAAUGUUAAGAUUUGAGACUGAAAAACGUGGAGAACUUGUUAGUGAUCACAAAAGUUUUACAUAUAUAUAUAUAUAUAUAUACACAUACACUGGCGGCCAAAAAUUUGGAAUUUUGUACAGAUUUUGCUGUUUUGGAAGGAAAUUGGUACUUUAAUUCACCGAAGUGGCAUUCAACUGAUCACAAUGUAUAGUCAGGACAUUACUGUUAUAAAAAAACAGCAACACCACUAUUUCAAAAAAGUCAUGUUUUUUUACCCUGGAGUAACCAUGCUAAGUUGAUAAUUUGGUACUGGAAAAUCACUUGCCAUUAUAUCAAACACAGUUGAAAGCUAUUUGGUUCAUUAAAUAAAGCUUAACAUUGUCUUUGUGUUUGUUUUUGAGUUGCCACAGUAUGCAAUAGACUGGCAUUUCUUAAGGUCAAUAUUAGGUCAAAAAUGGUAAAAAAAGAAACAGCUUUCUUUAGAAACUCGUCAGUCAAUCAUUGUUUUGAGGAAUGAAGGCUAUACAAUGCUUGAAAUUGCCAAAAAAAAAAAAAAAAAACUGAAGAUUUCA